CUUUUUGUGGUCACUGCAUAAUUGUCAUCUCUAACUGAAGCGCGUAGAUUUGUACAAAUCGUUGUACCUUUUGUGUUAACUUUUUAAUGAAUUCACCGGCUCACCGUGGACGUGGGCGCGGGGGUGGCGGCUAUCGGCCAUACUUUUAUUUCCGCCGAAAGGGCCGAGUUAUCCCAGCUGGCGGGAAGCGCCAGCAGGGCCAAGAGGCUGGCACGAGCGCUGAUGCGGCAGAAAGCCGCCCGCCUCCGGCAAGAGGAUGGAAUCGUCCGGCCAGUAAGCGCGGUCGCGACGCCAACAUAGACUGCAGUUUUCUGCGGCCCGAGAACUAUGCAGCGCCUGAGGAUGGGCUGCAAGUGCAGAGCAUAGCGGUUGACAAUCCCAAGGCCUGUCCCGGCUGGCGUUUGUACUUUCUGCGCGACACCUACACGGAGGACAGUGACCUGGCUAAGCGCAUCAUGGCCGUGGAGGCCCACUACCAGCGCAAUCCGCAAAAGUACGACUUUGUGCGGAUACGAGAGCAGGGAUUCUUCAAGCUGCCCGCCCUCGGCAUCGUCCACGACGAGCAGUUGAAGAAGGCCUGGCCUCAGCUGACGGAGGAUCUGCGCGAUCAUCCGCUGCGCACCCUGUCCACCCUGGCCGUGGCCAUGCACACGGUGGUGAUCAAUCACAACCUGGACACGAUUGACACGUCAGCGACCUGCUUCGCGUCCACCCUGGAGCAGUAUGUGCCUCCUCCGGGCCGCAUCCGCAAAAUUUACGUGCGCCCCGAGGAUUUUACGCCAGUGGAGCUAACCACCGGCAUUAGUCACGACCGCGUGGACACGCUGUUCUCGGUGCGCGGCAUUGUGAGCAGCGUGGGUGAACCGACGUACAGCAUAGCCUGGCAGUCCUUCCGCUGCUCCCGCUGCCAGGCGGAGCAGGCGAUGCGUCAGCGCGGCACCUUCCAGCCCCGUCCCUACCACUGCAAGCAGGCGCAGUGCGUGGCCAAGGAUAGCUUUGUGCCCCUUCGGAGCUCGCCGUACACGCGCAUCUCGGCCAAGCAGAUCGUACGCCUGGAGGAGUCCAGUCUGUCGCUAAUCGCGGACUAUGACAGCAUACUGCCUGGGGAGAUGGAUGUGGAGCUGCGCCACGAUCUGGUGGACUGCGUCCACGUGGGCCAGGAGAUAGUCGUCAACGGGGUGCUCAAGCUGCGCGAUCUUUGCGAAGAUAUGACCACCGGAACUGGAGCUGGAACUUCCAACGAGAUGAAGGCCUACCUCAAGGCAGCGAGCAUCCAGGAUGCGCGCCACAAGAAGCGAGAGUUCAGCGAGCGCGACUUGGAGGCCAUUGCCAUGGUCAAUGCGGAUCCGAACAGCUUCAAGCUGCUGGUGCAGUCCCUGGCGCCCGAGGUGCAUGGCCACGAGCUACCCAAGGCCGCCUGUCUGCUCUCGUUGCUUGGAGGCACCAACGGUGGGGUCAAUGUGCUGCUUGUGGGCGAUCCCGGCAUCGGCAAGUCAAAGAUACUGCAAAACUGCGCCCAAAUCACGGAGAGAGGAUCGCACAUAAGCGGGAAACGCGGCGCCCAGUCCGCCCAGAGGCUGGGCCCGACCUUCACAGGGCGAAACAAGCGCGUGCUCCAGGCCGGGGCCCUCAUGACGGCAAGCAGUCUCGGCCACUGCACCCUGGACGAUGUGGACAAGCUGGCCUCGAAGCAGGCCGUGCUCCUGCAGUGCAUGCAGUCGGGGGAGAUCAAUAUGCCGCUGCCGGGCGCCUUCUCCACGUUCCUGGCCCGGCCCUCGAUCAUUGCCUCUGCCAAUCCUCAGCGGGGACAGUACGAUGAGGGGCGCUACCUGCUGCAGAACAUCCACAUCGUGCCCUCCCUGCUCAAGGAGUUCCAUCUGGUGUAUGUCCUGCUGGACAAGCCCUCGGCCGAGCGCGACAUAUCGCUGACGGCUCAUGUGCGCGCCCUCCACGCAGGAGCCAAGAAGCGGGCCCAGAUUGCGGCGCGCUAUGCGCUUAAGCCCAAGACCAGCCACUCCAUGUGCGAGGGCACCUUCUACGAGGCGAGGGCCGAUGACGACGCUGACAACGACAGCAUCAUGGAACAGGACUACGAUCUGGACAAGCGUCUCGAGCUGCUGGGGGAGGAUGCCGAACUGGAUCUCCUGCCACCCAUACUGAUCAAGAAAUUCCUGGCCUAUGCACGCCAGAAUGUGCAUCCGCUGCUGAGCGAUGCGGCCAGCCGCUCCAUCGAGCGAUUCUUCAUGGAGCUGCGCGAAGGCGGCCGUACGGGAGGGGAGGCCGCCUAUGCCGAGCAGAGUCAGAUCGGAUCGGGGCAACUUCUCGGCCUGAUUCACCUAUCUGAGGCACGAGCGCGCCUGGACUUGUCCAACGUGGUCACUCCGCAACACGUGCGUGAUGUAAUCGCCCUGCUAACCGAGAGCAUCACCCAGACCAGUCUCAAGGCGGAGGGCUGCGGGGGAAGGGGACGCCGCUCGAGCAAAGUGCCCGCCGCUGGAGGAGGCGGAAGAGCCUCUCAACUGCGCAACUUUGUGCACAUGAUGCAGUUGCGCGCCGUGGCGCUGGGAAGGCGCAUCUUCGAGUUCGAGGAGCUGAAGGAGAUUGGGACGCGGGCGGGCGUCUUGACGGGCAUUAGCCAGCUGGUGGAGAUAGCCAACAUGGGCGGACAUUUGCUCAAGAAGGGCGCAAACAUGUACGAAGUGGUUCCGGACUAGACAAAUGGCAGUGUCAAUAUUGGACCCAAGUCCAUACCUUUUUGUCUGUUUUGUCAGUACUGCGAUUCAGUAUUUAUUCAAGUUGAUGCAACAAGUCUGCGGCUGGACAGACUCGCUUCUAAGUAGAACUCUCGUUAAAUGUUUACGCUCUUGUCAAGUUGCCGUGUAAAAUUGUUAAGAUUACGACACGGUUCAGUAGCCCCCGAUUGGCUUAUCAAAUGGGGUUCCCUUGCCUAGUUGCUACUAUCCGAAAUUUCCAUAAAUUAUGCCUCAUCCAUAUCGAGAACUUUUAUUUGUCUUUUAUUCUGUGGAAAUCUGAAGUUUUGUUGUAUACUUUUGAGGGGAACAAGAAAUAAACUGAGUAGAAUCAGCUCUCAGAAUCAGAAUUAGUUAAGUGAAAUUCAAAUGUAUUAACUAUAUGAAUAUAUAUAUAUCUAUUAGUAUAAUUUGCUAUUAAUAUAUACCUAAUAUAAGUAUGUAAAACUCCUAUAUUUGAUAUUUCUGCAUAACCAGAGGGAUACAAAAAUAAGAAAUCAUAGACAAAUGCCUCUGUUUACAAAGAUAUAUCUCGUAUAUACCGAAGAUUUUCUUUCUUGGUAUUUGAUAAUUCCCUUUUUUCAUCUCUCUGCUGAAAUUUGGAAGAUUUCCUAAAAUAAUUAUCACAGUUCCAGCGACAUGUUUGAUCAUUCUCCUGAAUAGCUUUUCCUAAUUGGAACUUACACACUUACUUACCAAUACAAAUGGACUUCCUUUAAAAGUCUUCAGACUUACGCGGGCGUAGAUUGUCAUCUCUUGGAGAUCUUUGUUAGUCCAUUGUAAGUUAACAGUGAUGAAUGAUGGAAAACUCCGUUGUAAUUGGUUUCAUUUAAUACUUUAUUAUCUGGUAUUCAUUAAACUACAUAUAAUGUAAUAAGUUUUUCAUAAAUAAAUACUCAAAACAUUUGCUGUAUCAGUUUGAAAUGCUCGUCGUUUGAUUUCCGCGUGUCCUUCGGUCCUUUGUCUUUCUUUAUCUUAUGUCUUAUGUGUCCUGGGUAUCCUAAAGUAAAGUAUGUAUGUAUGUAUAUGUCUUGCCUGCUCUGAAUGCAUUACAUCUACAUAUUUAUGUUUGUAUGUAUGUGGUAGUCGUCGCAGUAGUAACUAUUUGAAAAGCUCUGGUGUUUUGGGGUUACACUAGAGUGGGGGUGCAGGGUGAAGGGUGGAGGGGAGGCGCCUUAAGCGU